AUGUCGACUCCCAGCAGCUCGCAGCGCAACGGUCUGCUGGCACCCGGCGCCGGCGCCGCUGGCGGCUCCAAUGGCACCACCAAUCCAGCCGGCGGGUCCAACAGCCCCAGCAAGACCAAGGAGCUCUUCAAUGCAGCCCUCCAGUCGCGCGACGCUGCCAACAACUACAUCGCACACAUCAAGAUAUGGGAGGAUGUGGCGUCCGAGGAUCCCAGCGCCGGCACCGGUGCAUCGGCCAGCCAGAAGAAGGCCAGGUACCUUAUCCUCGCCGUCCAGAAGGACACUGGCAAAGUCACCAUCAACAAGGCCAAGCGCAACGCAAAUGGCAGCUUCAGCAUCGGCAAGGACUGGGAUCUCAACACGCUCCGCGAGGUGACCGUCCACGAUCCAGACGUCUUCAGCAUCACCCUCACCCGGCCCUACAAGUGGCAGACCCAGCACCCGAGGGAGCAGCUCAUGUUUCUGCAGACGCUCGUAAAGGUCUACCGCAAGUACACCGGGGACAAUGGACCCAAGCUCGUAGGUAUCGACGUGCCGCUCAGCAGCGGAAGCAGCCUCAGCAACAGCUCGCGCGGUCGUGACGCGAGCCCGGCACCUCCCGCACCGACGCAGACAACCCCCGUCGCCAUACCAUCCCGGCGGCCAGAAAAUGGCGCAAAGAUGUCGUCCAGCUCCAGCUCUCCGGCACUCUCGCCGCACAACCUGCCAGCCCCCUCGCUCAACCUUCCAAUGUCCGCCUCACCCACACGUGGCGCCGACGCCUCGAGCAGGCACACGCACAGCCCGUCCAAGUCCUCGAUCCUGAGCGCCCGCUCGAGGAGCGAAUCGCAGAGCUCGUUUGACAAGCCUCGACCCGCCAAGCUGUCCGAGAGCUCUAGCACCAAUGCACUGUCCAGCAGCGUUUCGCCACCGACCCUGGACUCGCCUUCGAGGACCAUGCCGCCGCCACGACCCUCUGCGCGGCGCCUCGUCAGCGCCGACAGCCUCUCGGUACCGACCCCGCCGCCGGCACGCCGACAAAACAGCGGAGACUCGGUUCGCAGCGCGAGCAGCGGCGGAAGCAGCGGCGAUGCUCGAGCAAGGCUGAGCGCGGUCGGGCCUAUGCGUGGAGGCGCCGCUUACGAGCGCAUGCUGCUUGCAGGCACCGGCCUCAGCGGAGUCGCCGAAGCGGACGACGACGAGGAUGGUCAGGACCCAUACGGCGGUGCGGUGCUUGGAGACGGCGAGGCGGCGGCCUCGGAGACGACGAUACAGGCCAAGCGCGCGACGCUGGGCCGGCCCAAGGCUGCCAGACUCGACUCGAGCGAGCACGCGCGGAGCCAGGCGAGCGCCAAUUUCGACGACGACGAGGACGAAGACUCGACACUGCAGGCGGUCGAAGAGAUGCUGGAAGGCUUCGAGUGGCGCGGGAUCGGCGCAAGGCACUUCCCGGAUUCCGGCCUCGCGCCAGCGACGGGCAAGGGCACCGCCGAUGUCAUCGAGGCCCGCCUGCUCGACGAGCUGUCCGCGCUCGAGUCGGCCAACAUCCAUGCCAUCAUCGAGUCGGACGACCGCGUGGCCCUCGUGGUCCAGCACAUGGAGGAGGCGCUCGCGCAUCUCGAUAUGAUGGACAGCAUGAUUGCAGGCUUCAAGGUGCAGCUCAACUCGAGGGCCGACGACAUUUCGCACAUCGAGAGCCAGAACCGCGGUCUUCAGGUCCAGACAUCGAACCAGCGCACGCUGAUGGCCGAGAUCGACAAUCUGAUCAACACUAUCAACGUCGACGACUCGGCCCUGCACACGCUGAGCGCAGGCCGGCUGGAGAACGACGAGGGCAUCGCCCAGCUCGAGAGCGCUGCCGCCUCGCUCUACAAGAGCAUGCUACAGGCCAAGCGCGAUGGCGACAGCAACGGCGGCGACAUGGCAGCCGCCACCGAAAGGCUGGCCGAGCACGAGUCGGUGUCGAACCGCUUCUGCAAGCGCGUCAUGGACUACCUCAACGUCACCUUCAACGUCGAGGCGCAGCGGCUGUUGAGCGACCCGGCGCGUCAGAAGGCGCUGGCCCCGCCGCUCCCGACGUUGCGGGACCACGCGAGCAUGGAGGACGCGCUGGGACGCUACUGUGGCAUCCUGCUCUACAUGAAGGAGGUUUCGCCACAGAACUUCUCGCGCGUCUCGGCCUCGUACUUUGCCUCUGCGUCAGAGUGCUACAAGACCGAGAUGCAGAAGCUUUUUGCGGUGUACAAGAGCCAGAUCAAGCAGGCCUCUGACGAGGACAUGCACGAGGCCAGCUUCGCGCCCGCUGCGACCACCAGCGUCGCCGCUUCGGCCAUUCGGUCCGGCACCAUCCGCCGAACGGGCAGGGACAAGAACAAGCUGGGUAGGGGCAGAAACGACAUUUCGGCCUCCGAGGUGAGCUCCGAGACGCUGGCGGGAAGUGCUCAUCUGGCAUGCAAACGCGCUGACACCCUGUCGAUCCAUCUCCCUGUCUGUAUCGUUGCUCAGGCCUUCCAACGGGCUCUGUCCAACGUGAUCCCGAUUGUGCUGCGGGAGCAAGGCUUUAUCGCCGACUUGCUCCACGUCAACGACAACAAUAUCACGUUUGCCGACUACAUGGACCUCGAGCCCUACUUCCGGCGCCGUGCGCAGGGCGUGUUUGGCGUCUCGUCGACCGGAGGCCCGCUGCGCGAGAUGAAGGGCGCGCUCGACCUCAUCUUUGGCUUCCUAGCACCCGAGCUGCAGAGCUUCACCGACGCUGCACUGGCAAAGGAGAAGAUCUCCAUCUUCGGCCUCCUGGCCGCGCUCGAUCGGGCAAUGAUCGAGGCCGAGGAGCUCAACUCGGAAUCGAUCCUCAAGAUCCUGUCGAAGCUGCAGAUGCGCCUGGCUUCGCAGCUCGAGCGCUUCAUCCAGGACCAGAUCAAGGGCAUCGAGCAGACCAAGCUCACCGUCAAGAAGCGAAAGGGGAUCGUGCACUUCAUCAAGGUCUUCCCGACGUUCGUCGAUCGCGUCGAGUCGCAGCUCAUCAAUGCCGAGACGCUCAACGUCCGCCACGCCGUCGAUGGGCACUACGAUGCCAUCUGCCGCGCCAUGUUUGACGCGCUGCAGACCAUCUCUCGCGUUGAUGGCGGCGGCGUCGAUGAGGACAAGGGUCAGCUCAAUCACCACAUCAUCCUGAUCGAGAACAUGUGGUACUUUAACGCCAACAUCUCCAAGCAGCGCAACGCCGCGCUCAAUGCGCUCGUCAAGCGCGCCGAGAAGAUCUACGGCGACAGCCUCGAGAGCUACCGCACCAGCGUCCUGCGGCGACCACUGGGCAAGAUGAUGGACUUUGGCGACGGCAUCGACGCGUUGCUGCGCUCGACGCCCGCCACCGAGGUCUCGCUGCACUCUACCUACUCCAAGUCGGCGCUCAAGCGGCUGGUCAAGGAGUACGGCGCCAAGGACGUGCGCAAGUCGAUCGAGGCGCUGUCGAAGCGGGUGCAGAAGCACUUUGGCACCGACGACGACGAUCUGGCCGAGCACCACGAUCGCGGCGAUGAGAUCGAAGAGGUGCUGGCGCGGGUGUGGGCCAGCUGCGAGGACGGCUUUGUCCGCGAGGUCGACAGGCUGGCGAGGAUCGUCCGCGACUGCUACAAGGACGCAAGCGUCGGCCUCGAGGUCGGAUCGGCCGACGUCAGGCGCUUGUUUGCCGGUUGCGCGCCCAGUGGCAGGAGGAAGUGA